UAAACUAGAUAUCGUUUGGUAAACCAGUAUUAUAAACCAAACAUUCACCAUCAAUUUUUUGUGCACCCCUGCCUGGCAUCCAAUAGGACAAGGUGGAAAGGGCGUGAGUGGGGGAGGACUGUGGCUAUUUUCUGCCAGACACAGAUGGUUUUACAGACGCAGAAACACAGUCGGGGAUGCACGGGGACACAGCUCUUGCUAUUCCAACAUCAAAAAUCGCAUUUUGUCAUCUCAUUUAUUUUGGAAAUAUGUUCUUUCUUCAAAUACCAAGUUGAUGUAAACAUUAAUCUGUGAGGAUUUUAAGAUUUAUUUAUUUUUUUGUACUUCUUUUCCAAGUUGACCUUCAUUGAAGUCGCCUUUAAAUCAAUAACCGUGCGUGCUUGGAGAGCAUGAUGAAGACCAUUUUUCAAACCAGCAGAGCUCAUGCUGUUUAACUUUGGAAAGAAAAACAAAAUUUGCGCGAAAAGAGUAUUUAUUGCUUGCACGUCUUGGGCGCAGGACACAAGCCCUAUAAUGUUAGUGUAUGUGAUCGUUUCUGCUGUGUUAGUCUUAAACGCGAGACCUGCAGAGGGUUUUCCCAAUUACAAAUAUGAUUACAUGGACGAGGACUUGGCCACCUUCGACUACUACAAAGUUGUGGACGAGUUUGACGACAGGAACGGGACGGAGGGGUGCGACACGUGCAUGCCGGAGCUGUGUCCCCCCGCGCGUGGCUGCAGAGCGGGGCUCGUGAAGGACAGAUGCGCCUGUUGCUCGGAAUGCGGCAACUUGGAGGGACAAACCUGUGACCUCGGACACAGAAAUGUCUAUUAUGGGCUGUGUGGAGAAAACCUGGAGUGUCAACUGGACAGACUGGACGGCGAGGAGGAUGAACCGCAGUGUGUGUGUUUGUCUCAACAAACUGUGUGUGGAUCAGACGGACAAACAUACACGAAUAUCUGUCAGUUCAAAGAAGCGGCGUUUAUAAACCCACAACUUAAUAUGACAGAUGGACCGUGCAAGACAGUCCCAAACAUCAAAGUGCCGCCGCAUAAUCAGGUUAAUGUAACCGGGAGCAGUGUGGCAUUUAUGUGUGAGGUGUCUGCGUUUCCCAUGGCACUGGUGGAGUGGAGGAAAGAUGGAAAGGAGGUCAUUUUACCUGGCGAUGAUCCCCACAUAUCAAUUCAGUCUCGAGGUGGCCCUCAGAAGUAUAUGCUCUCUAGCUGGCUGCAGAUUGAAGUGUCAAGUCCGGCGGAUUCUGGCACAUACAGGUGCAUCGCUCGAAAUGAGCUCGGCCAAGUUUCAGCUACUGCAAUUUUAGGGGUGUUGCCGCCAGAUGAGAUGGCUGCUUAUUUGGAACAAAACAUAAAUGCAGUAAUGGACUAUGACCAAAUACAGGACUACGACAGGGAUUAUUACUAAACUUCAGAUCCAAACACCCUGAAGACAAACAUUCUUACUGACUAAGCCUUGGCAAAAUAACAACCAGGCAACGAUUUGUAUAUUCGCACAUAAAGAAUACAAAAAACAUCCCCUCUGGAAUUUAUGGAACAUCUGGGUAGUCACACGCAUGGAGACGGAUGGUGAGGUCGAGUCAAUUCCCAAAGGUACAGGCCUCCGAGACGGAUGAAAAACACAAAAGUGAAGAGAAUUAAGUGGAGCAGCUACCAUAGAUGGCCGGAUAUAGAAAGUGGUGCGGAUCAAUGCCACUUUUGUUCUUCCAAAGCUGUUCUUUAAAGCCCUUGUGACCACUUGGAUAACAAAACACAUGGAGUAGAGAGACAUAAGAAACUCAAGACUGAAUUCUGAGUGCCUUCCAAGUCAUGCCUUUGCGAAAUCAAAUCUAUGAGGGAAGCACUAUUGCCUGCUUUUGCGUUCAGGUGCCAAGUAGACUCCAUCAUUUUUCCAUUCAAAGCAGAUUGCAGAUUGCACUGUAUGUUCCCACAUAUGGCAUCCUUGUGUGUCAUUUGUGACCCAGUCUGUGAAAACCUAGCUCAAGUCAUUUUUGUGAUUUACUGUUUGUACAAAAAAAACCUGUCGGCGAGUCAAAAUCAGGGCUAAAAUCUUGCAGUUUGAACUCGGCAUAAGUGAUGUAAAGAAAAUAUAAUGUUGAUAUAUUUAAUAUUAACUGAGUAAGGUCAUGUCAAAGAUUGAAGUCAAUGUGAAAUCAAACUUUGAUGCUUCUAAUAUCAUAAUUAGAUUAUCUAGCCUGGAUUUCACAUAUUUGGUUGAGCCAGUCUGAGCAUUUGCACAGCUGACUUCAAUGCAUUUUUACUAUCUUCCGUCUAAGGACAUAAAUGCGGUUGUUUUAUUCUAAUGUAAGCUUGUGUAGGUUGCACUUACAGGUCUUCUUUAAUGAAACGCCAUAUGGGAGACACCAUAAGGCUGGAUAAAGAGACCAAAACAUCUUGACUCUGUAAUUUCACCUCUGCUAAGUCGACUGGAGACCUAUAGUUAAGGACAAGGAUACGUUUUUUUAAAUCGUCUGCUCUCCUCAGUCCUGCCCUUUCAUAAAGUUCUCUGGUUACUUAAAAUAAUUAUGGUAACAGCUAUGCAUGUAAUUUUAGGUUAGGUUUUGCUACCGCAUUAUUUAAAGAAUGCAAAAGUUUAACGUAUCGACACCUUGAAUUAGAGGAUCUGUAAGACUUUUGCAUAAAUGUACUGUUAUUUAACAUAUUAUAUACUACACUAUUCUUUCUUUUCGAAAACAUUUUUUGUGUAAUAAACCAAAUGUAACAACAAAUGGUUUCAGAGGCCAUUUGCACGACUUCCACUCAGCAGUCAGCUGUUAAAGCAAUAAGCCUGGAGUCAGAUCUAAAUCAUUCCUUACUGCAAGCACCCGGGGACAUGACUAUUUCCUUUCAUCUGAAACAACCAAACAUUGCAAAGUUCAGGAAAGUGCUGGUGCUGAAACAGACUUCUUUUGGUGUAUCAAAUUUAACUACACACGGUCAAGAUUUUAAGGAUGUUUUAGGGCGGUAUAUACAGUGUAGGGGUGUAGGACUCCCACACCUAGGUCCAAUAAAUAAGCUUUACCAUAGAGGUUCCUAACAUGCCUUGAGGCAUGGCCCACCUACUUUUUUAGGGAUCUAGGCUUAUUGAACAGUUUUUCUAUACCAAACCCCACAUUCCUUCAUGACAGUUCUCAUCCAAAAAGUGCAUAUCUUGUUUCCACCAAUCAAGCAAAAUAGGGUUGGUUUUUCAUAGUGAGUUCUUUACUUUCCAUUUUCUUUGGAAAAAUUGGGGGAACAGUCAGGGGAUUGUGAAAAUCCAGAGCCAGGAGUGAGGGGCUUCCCAUCUUUGCCCAAGUAUCCGCUAAUAUCCUGUCGUGAAAAUACAUUACUGGCACAGAAAAUGAGACCAAAAACAGAUGAGGUCCAAAUACUUAAAGCUGAAAUCCAUGUGCGUAUCCACAAAUUCAAAUAAACAGUAAUUCUGAGAAAUGGCAGUGGACCACCACAUAGAUUCCUCUUUUUGGGUAAAGACAUUCAGAGGAAUUAAUGUAGCUAACCAGACAUAGUUCAUGCUGGAUGAAAACCAAUUAGAAAAUAAAAAUAAGUAAAUGUGGUCAUUAAUUUUCCCCAUUAUGGUCUCCAUCAGUUAACAAAAUCACAACAGGCACUUCAGAUUCCCUGCAGAAUUGACAGCGUGGCUAAUGUUAAACCAUGACAGAAGUUUACAAACGUUUCUACGAUCUCCCACAGUCUCAUUUAAAUAAAGACAAACAGUUCCAGACUCACUUGUCUUAAACAAGUCAUUUCCAUGCUUUUGUUUUCUUUCCAAUUUUGAGACAAAUGAGAUCCAUGUGCUGUAAGAUCAUAGCUCUUGUAAGUGGAUUUACUGCAGACGAUACAAUGAAAUGAGAGCACAACAGAGAGAAUUGAUAUUCAUGGCUGGGGAUAAAAUAACAGACAAAGAAGGAACAGUAAAAAUAAAAAGAAGUCAGGUGAACUUAAAAAACAAACAUCUAAUUAUGGUACACUGUCAGAUAAAAUUGUCAAAAGUGCUCCCAAGUGUCAUUGGGACAGUGCCCUUUAAA